AUGCUCGGAGGACUUCUCUGGAGCUUCCCCUGGUCAGUAAAGGACCCGGUGGAGUUCAAUGUUUCCUACGUUUCUGAACCGUGCCUGCUACAGGUGAACACCAUGACCUGCAUCUCCAGUGACCAAGUAGUGGAAUUCUCAUUAGAGGAGGUUCAAGCGACCCGAGUGCAUAAGUCAAGAAUGCUAAUAGGCCGACUCUUUUCGGGCAGCCGACUCUCUCUCACUGAUAUCCGGGACGCGGUCAACCGUCUGUGGCAGGGGCAAGGGCGGAUCAUUGUCCGUGAGCUGAAACACGGCCUGCUGGAAUUCACCCUCCCGUCCGAAGCAACCCGAACAUGGGUGCUACAACGAACACCCUGGAUCGUGGCGGAUAGAGUCCUCCAUCUGCAGGCCUGGAUCCCGCGGGUUUCUCAGCGCACCUUUGAUGAACUCGCAAUCGCUCCCUUCCGCGUUCAGCUCUGGAACGUGCAGGAGGAGUGUUGCACCCACCAAUUUGGCCGCAAGAUAGUGAGCUCCACGAUUGGCCGCGUCUUAGAAGCCGGUGUCUUCUCGUGCUCGGACACGGCACAAAAGUUUAUCAAAGUGAAGGCGCUUAUCGAUUUUUCUAAACCACUUCGAUCCCAAAUUAUGGCAACAAAUGAUGAAAUGGGUGGCUUCUGGAUUAGGUUCAAGUACGAAUUUCUACCAAGCUUCUGUUUCAAAUGCGGUCGUGUGGGACAUGCUCGCCAAACCUGUACUUUCGAUCCGCCAACGAGAAAUGAGAAGUUUGGUCCUCAUAUGUCAACGAAAAAUAUGGGACGGAAAAUCUUUGAUGGAGAGGAGUUGCGCAAUGGCUCAAGGCGCCACCAAAAGUCGGUGUGGAUCAAUGCUGCUGCUCAAAUGAAUGGGCCGGGUGAGGAGAUUGGAACAAAGCAGCCUAUGCAGGUUGACGCGCCCACUCACAAUACUCGGGCUAGCAUGGAAAGCCCAAAAUGGAUGGGGACUUCACUAGAUCCCUUUCUCACCACCGAGGCCCAGACUAAGAAGGGUAAAAGCCCGGUGGGGUUCUGUGUCACCAGGAGCCCAAAGAUUGCACUGGGCAGGCCCACUCGCCGAGGGAAAUCCAACCACGAGCCCAAGCCGGAUCCUAUGGUGAUGGAAGGCCCGGCCACUGGGCGGGCUGCAGUGGACCGUUUGACGGCUGCUCACCCUACGCAUAACCCGUUGGCGGAUCGCCCUGCUAGAGCCCAGCGGGUGGUGGGCCGGCCCAUCAGUGCGAAACGGGUAGCGAAGGAUGACCAGGGGCAGCUAGGUCGGAAGCGAAACGGGCGGAGGACUGCGCGAAGCUGGGACACGGCGGCGGAACCGAUUGUCCAGAUGGAGACAGCACCAGGAAUGGUCGGGAUGUCGCGUCACCGGCGGCUGAUCCUCGAAGACGAAUCUGAGGAGGAAUUCGUUGUCCGAGAAAUCACCUCCCCAACCUGCGAUACCCAAGCGAAGGAGGAUGGGGGGUUGCAACGCGGCCCGAUGGAUGCCACUGUGGUGGAUGCUAUGCCGCUGCGGAUGAUCGCUCCGGAUUGUGGGAGUGUGGACAUUAGGGAAUUGAAUCCCAGGGAGACGAAAGCCACUCAACAAUCAGUGCCUGUGAUAGGCCUGGACCGAGCCAAGGAUGCUGCUGGUGAACAAGAGAGGAAGGAAAAGAUGGAGAUUAAAAGAAAGAAGGGGAAGGAAGCUCUGGUGGCGAUAAAAGCUAUACAAAAUUCGCCCCCUGCCCCGGAGCUCUGGGGGUCGGAGGACUCGAGUUCGGAGGAGAAGAGUUGCCAGUUUGAAGUUAGGCGAAGGGCUCCCGAGGAUAAGGGCACGCUGAGGCGGUUGACCCGGUCUAAUCGGGUGAACCAGGUGGUACAGGCUUUUGAAAAGGGGCUGGCCAUGUCUGAUUUGGGGUCUCCGGUUGGGGAAUUAAAACGCCAGCCACCACCCGCAAAUCUGACCCUGGGCAUUAAUGAGUAUGGCUCCAAUAUCCCUGACCUGGAAAAGGGGAUGAAAAAGCGUCACCGUGAUGAGAGUACUGGUGAAAUAGCUGAUAUACCGACCCCGAAGAAGCAGUUCAUGGAAGAAAAAGAAGAGAUGGAUAAGGUGGAGGUAGCCAGCCUAGAGUGGCCCCACCCGAUUAAAUGA